AACAAUUCCACCACCAUCACCACCACCUCGUCCACUUGUCGAGACCGCAGGACCAGCGAAUAUCUCGCCGCAAUCAUGGCGAAUUUCCUGCACCUCGCGCGUCCGCUCGCGCCCGUCGGCACCACCGCCGCGCCCUCCACUGCGCCAGUGACAGUCACUGUGCAGCCCCAGGCGAUUUUCUCCAUCCUCGACCACGCAUCAAGGCGACCAGCAGAGCAGGAACGCGUAAUUGGCACGUUAUUAGGAGUUCGCAGCGAAGAUGGCUCGGAAGUCGAGAUCAGAAAUUGUUAUGCGGUCCCACACACGGAAACAGCGGAGCAGGUCGAGGUGGACAUGGACUACCAAAAGCGCAUGCUCGAGCUGCACCUGAAGGCCAGCCCCAAAGAAGUGCUCAUUGGCUGGUAUGCCACCAGCAGCGAUCUCAACACCUUUUCCGCUCUCAUUCAGAACUUCUACUCGCAGCAAGGCGAGGGUACAUGGCCGCACCCGGCCGUUCACCUUACUGUCAAUACCGUCGCAGGACAGGACCCACGAGCAGACACAUACAUUAGCGCACCCAUUGGCGUGACAGCUGAGCGCGCAGCAGACUCGUGCUUGUUCAUUCCAGUACCACACGAGAUCAAGUACGGAGAUGCGGACAGGAGCGGCCUGGAAUUGAUUGCAGGCGCAAGGGACCGGGAAGACCGGUCACAAGUCGUGCAAAGCGACAUCGACUCUUUGGAGCGCGCGAUCGAGCAGGUACUGGAUAUGUUGGAGCGUGUAUCGACAUAUGUUUCGGAUGUGCUAGACGAGGAGGCAAAGCCAUCUUCAGCGCUUGGCCAAUUCCUCAUGAACGCGCUGUCUCUUGCGCCGAAGGUGGAUGCUGAAGAUAUUGAAAAAGAUUUCAACAACCACAUUCAAGACGUCCUCCUCGUUUCUUACCUCGCCAACACCAUCCGCACACAAAUGGAUCUCUCACACCGUCUCUCCACUGCCGCUCUGACCAUGGGUGAGGGCAAGCCGAAGGAUGAUAGCAAGCCACAGCAAAAAGACAACAGGCAGAGAGGUGGUCCACGUGAGCAACAGUAGAGCAACGGUUUCUCCCAUCGAAAAAUCGGCACAUUGGAAAAGCAGCCGGCUUACCGGAUUCUGCUUCCCUGACAUAUUUAGAACGAGUACAGCACUGAUCCGUUGCUGGACGUUCAGCGGUGCAGCAUAGGUUAGCACCGAACGAAAUGGCUCCUAGUAGGGGUCAUGACUUUUCUCAACCAUGUUUCCAAUCGCGUCUCUUGCGUACGAUGAUGGAGUAGACGACUGUAGCUUGCGAAGUACUGACCCUUUUCUCGCCCGGUACAGACUUGACAGGGCUUGCGACGUCGGCGGCAGCUGCAGCUCCACGUCCCACAAUGAAACAACGAUAUACGUUAUACUUCACUCGGCGAACUUCUUGGUCCCUCUUUACUCGGAAGCAAUGGCUGCGCCUCAACAAUACCACGCAACACUUUGCUUGGCCCAAGAACAACAGCAUAUGCAUGCCACACUGCAGAGCAAAAGCAGUGUUUUCUUCCCAAAGCUUUCUAAAUGCUCGGCCAGAUUGCUGGUCGUCGUCGUCGUCGUCGUCGUGGCUCGGACAUACGUUAGGCAUGCAUGCCUCCAAACGAUGGAACCUACCAGGUCACGAAGCAUUAUGUCCUCCUUUCCUCCAGGCAGCUACAUGUAGCAUCAUGCUAGAUCCCCAAUCCGCCCGUUCGAUCGCCUUAGUAGAUCUUG